AUCUAAUCUGCGCAGCGGGUUACCGCGAGGAUUACCCCGAUCCAUGCGAUCCUUUCUGCCAAGUCGGGGAGGAUCGAGGGGGCGGAAGGGGCCAAGAGAUCCGGCAAUCUCGUGCAGCCAGCGAGCAGCGAGCAGAUUGUUUGGAGCAUCGGUCGUGGUCGAGCGAGAUCGGUGUAACUUUGCGCUGUGUCCAAAACACGAUAUAGCUUCACGAGAUUUUCGCCUCUUCGGUCUCGCGCGCAAUUGCUUCUCGCUUCUCGAUUCAAGUCAUCCACAGCUAUACGCUAUCAGCUAUAAGCUAUACGACGUACAAUCAACCUCGACCAACUCUUUCAACCAGUUAGACCUGAACGAUACUACAGGUCUAACCCUACAAGCCAGCAAAGCAAUACACACUUCAUAACCUCAUAAACCAUGUCCACGAGACUCGCCCUCGCAUCCCUCUCUCUGCUCGUCAUCUCCCUACCUUCCGUCCGAGCGGAUACCUGCUACUACUUUGGACGCCCGUAUGAGUGCGAUCGGGGUGGCCUGUCUACGGGUGCUCGAUGGGGUAUCGGAGCGGGAAUCGCAGUGGGAGUGAUCGUGCUGGUAAUGUUCUUCAGUUGGUGGAGGCGAAAGCGAAUCAUGUCGGCCUGGAAGAAGCACACCCAGAACAACAACCAAGAAGGACUCCCUUACCACAACAACGACACCAAUACGGGGUACUACAACAACACCCAAUACCCGAGCUCGUAUGGCAACAACGAACAGUACGCUGCGCCUCCCGGUGCUCCUCCUAUCAAACAACCCCAGACCGCCUAUACCCCGAGCAUGGCCGGUGCAUACGGCUCGAACGGUGGCACCUAUUCGUACGGUCAAAAUCAAGCCCAGAACAACGAUGCGGGUCCAGACUACGAGUACAGGCAGGCCGAAGAGAACAGGUUGGCCGAGGAGGCCGAGGCUAGGCGGGCUGCUGGGAAUGUGAGCGGAGAGCCUGCCCCGCCAGGUUAUGACAUGGCCGUUCAACCCACUGGAAACGGGGUUCAAGGAGCCGGGUCGUACCAACCUCCUACUGGACCUCCCCCUGGUAAAGGUCAACGACAAGCCAGCGGCGGGGUCGUCUAGAUCCAACUUGCUUGAUCGAUCCAUGCCGGACCGUUGCACGUCCCACUAUGCUAUACCCUCGACGAUCGGAAAUGUGAGACAGUUUCACCUGUCGGCAAGUUUCAGUACUGUACAAGGUCAGACAAGAGGCAAGAAGACGGAAGAAAGAUAGUAAAUUCCAUUGUAAUACAUCAUCGCAGUAGGCGAUAUGACGACUAUAAUAACACAUGUACAUCG